UAAAGAUUCAACAAUACAGAGAAAUGAAGUAAAGCUAGACACUAUCAAAUCGACAUGUUCAACGGAAGUAUUCAUUGGGAGGCAAGAAUUCUAUCAGCAGGAUCACCACGAUUGCUGGGAUGGAAUAUCCCUGAGGAAGAAUUGGUCUAUAUACCGGAACAUUGGCUGAUCUAUCCCGAACCUAAUCCCUCCCUUCACUAUUUGCUGGCCAUUGUAUACAUACUCUUCACUUUUGUAGCGCUACUCGGAAAUGGACUGGUUAUCUGGAUAUUUUGUUCAGCCAAAUCACUAAGAACUCCUUCAAAUUUGUUUGUGGUAAAUCUGGCAUUUUGCGAUUUCUUCAUGAUGCUCAAGACACCUAUAUUUAUAUAUAAUUCCUUUAAUACCGGAUUUGCUACGGGUCAUUUAGGAUGUCAGAUUUUUGCCUUUAUUGGAUCGCUUAGUGGAAUUGGAGCUGGUAUGACAAACGCUGCCAUUGCAUAUGACAGAUACAGGUACUGCAGAGAAUCCUCAUUAAGUAAAACAAUUAAUUAA